AUGCGCGUGGCAAAGGAAUUCACCCCCGAGGUGCUCCUGAGCGCACCCCGCCGCGGCGCCGCCGUCCCCAGCCCGGACGGCAAGCUCAUCCUCUACACCCAGUCCACCCACAGCUUCGACGAUAACAAGACCCUGAAGGAGGUCCGCCUCAUGCACGUCGAGUCCGGCGCCUCCGACCAGCUCACCGACGACGAUAAAGUCCACGACGCCCUGUGGCUGCCCGGCACAGCGAGCGACAUUGUCUACUUGAAAUCCGGCGAAAAGGGCACCACUCAGAUCUGGAUCGCCAACGGCGCCGAGCCGGCCAAGGAGCACUAUGUCGCUGCAGAGUACGACGCGCCCAUCAGCGCACUCAAGGUCAAGGCGCUGGGUGAUGGGAGUGUCGGGUUCGUCGUUGCUGGGCUGGUUGGGCCCGAUGGGUCUCUGUUCAAUGACAAGACCGAGGAGAAGAGGUCCACGGGCCGAAUCUUUGACGAUUACCACAUGAGGCGUUGGAACGAACUGAUUAAACCUCACAAAUACGCUCUCUGGUACUCGACUCUCGUCAACGCCCACGGCAAAUGGGGCGUCGCGGGCGAGCUCCAAAACGCCAUCAAGGGCAGUCGUCUUGAGGCGCCGUCGGGCAUGUACGACGUCAGCCACCCGACGGACGCAUUCGAUGUCAGCGACAAGGGCAUCGCCUUCAUCGCCGAGGACACCGGGCUCAAGCCGGAGGACGUGGGCACCUCCCACAUCUACUACGUCCCUCUCACAUCCUUCACGGCCGCCGCGAGUGUCAAGCCGAGGCCUCUUGUUAUGGGCAUAUCGGAGGCUAAGGCGUACUACUCCAACGUGAGGUUCUCGCCCGACGGCUCCAAGAUUGCGUUUUUGCACAAGCCUCUCAGCAACCCCGCGGACGCCAGGUUGUACAUGGGCCACACUGCGUCCUUUGGCGCCUACGAUGUGCACAAGAUGAUCUUUGGCAAGGGCCCGAGUCUGCCGCCCAACGGGUUCGAGUUCGCGGGCAGCUCUGAUGCCAUCUUUUUGCAGACGGAGGAUUGCGGGCGGGUGAAGCUGUCGCAUGUUGAGCUCCGUCACGGUGCAGAGGCGACGUCGCUGACGUCGAGCGGCGUCGUCUCGGCUUUCUACCCUCUCAAGGAAGGCAGCUAUGACAAGGUCCUGGUGACGAGCAAUAGCUUCGUUGAUAGCAGUCUGUGGCAGAUUAUCGAUGUCUCGUUAAACACGGCGCCAAAGAUUGUGUCGUCGGCUACGAAACACGGCGCAAAGUACGGGCUGUCUCACAGCAUGGUCUCUGAGUUUUGGUACGAAGGCGAGGAUGACAACAUUGUGCACUCCUUCAUCAUCAAACCGGCCAACUUUGACAAGACCAAGAAGUACCCUUGGAUUCUCUUACCUCACGGCGGGCCGGAAUCAUCUUGGACGGAUUCAUGGUCAACAAGGUGGAACAUGGCCCUCUGGGCCCAGCAAGGCUACGUCCUCAUCGCGCCCAAUAUCGCAGGCAGCACAGGCUACGGCGUCGACUUCACAGCCCGCAUCUACCGCUCCUGGGGCGGGGCCCCCUUCCAAGACCUCGUCCGCCUCAUGGACCACCUGCAACAAGUCCCCUACCUCGACCAGGACCGCGCCGUCGUCGCGGGCGCCUCGUACGGCGGGUACAUGAUCUCCUGGAUGAACGGCCACGACCUGAUCCGCCGCUUCGCCUGCUCCGUCUGGCACGACGGCAUCUUCAGUUUGCCCGUGUUCAUGCUGCAGAGCGACGUUGUCGAUGGGGGCCCCGAUUUCGGGGGGCCGCCGUUUUUGUGGGAUAAUGCCGAGGAGAUGGAGCGGUGGAACCCGGCGCGGCCGGAGCUAUUGCGGAAUUGGAGGCACGCGCCGCCGACGUUGAUUAUUCACAGCGAGAAGGAUUAUAGGUGUCCUAUCACGGAGGGGAUUGCUGCGUACAAUACGCUCAUGUGCCAGGGCGUCAAGACGAGGUUUUUGACAUUUGAUGAUGAGUGUCAUUGGGUGCUGAACCCGGAGAACUCGCUGGUUUGGCACAAGACUGUUUUUGACUGGAUGGAGAGGUUUACGGGGGAGAGCAAGGUUUAA